UCCCUCUCACAGUUUCUCUGACUCCAUCGAACCCCCAAAUCAAUAAAAUAGUUUAACAAACGUAAUUCAAAUUCAAAAAACUAAAGAAAUAAUAAAAAUCAAUCUUGAGUUUUACUAAUUAUCACAACCACAAAGAAGCUUCUCCUCCUAACUCUUCUUGGUUCUUAUAUACUCACUCAUCACUCAUAAAUCAUAAUCUUCACAUUAAAUCCCUCUUUGACUUGAUUCUCCAAUGGCGUCGAUCAGUUCCUCCGAUCAUCGCCUUCCGAUGAGCAAGAGACGAUUAAAGCCGUUGAUUUUGAGAGAUUACCUUCUUGAUGAUCUCAGCUCUUGCUCAUCCAACGGCUUCAAAUCACUCCCUCGUCGUCAAUCCUCGACCGUCCAUCGUCUACUCGACGCCGAGAUCAAACGGUCAGGAAUAUUCCACCGCAAACGGCGUCUUAUUUGCGGAUUGGCAUUUAGUCACGCCGUUCAGAAAGCUUCGACUGCGUUACUCAGUGCCGUUAAACUCUUGCCGUUCCCUUCCUCCUCCGUUAAAUCUCCAUCUCCGUCUAGAAAGAAAGAUGAUAAGAAAGGGCUUUUCUCGAGAAGCUUGUCUAAAAACUUUUGGAAGAAGCUUUCCCGCCGUGAACUUAAUAACGUCGACGGAGAGAUCGAACGGAAAACGGAGGAUGGUGAAGAGAAGAUCCAACGGUGGAGAACAUUCGCUGAGUAUCUCCAAGAGAGCCUAGAUCAACCGUCCGGUCGAAUCUCUCAUAUUUCCCCGACGGAUUCAACAUGUUCCGAUGAAGCGACAUUGUCAAACGCUCCCGGUGGUGACUCGUCGAGUUUCGGUAGCGAGUUAUUCACGAACUCGGAGGUGACUCAGUCAUCAUCGAGCGGCGAAUCUGAGACGUCCAACGAAAAUGACGCCGUGGAAGAUGUGGCAGAGGAGACAUCAUCAAACAGAGUUAUGACGAGUGGGGAUUAUGUAGGGUCACAUGUCAGUGACGGAUCGUCUGUCAAGGACAACAGAGAGGAAUGCGUGAACGAAGAAAAAGAACAACUCAGUCCAAUAUCGAUCUUACAAUGCCCAUUCGAAGACGAUGAAGUCACUCCUCAUUCGCAUCAAAAUGAAACCGAUGAGAAGAAGCUAUCAAGAAAGGGCAGAAGAUUUGAGAGUCUGGUACAACUUGAGCCUGUGGAUUUAGAGAAACGCAUAGAGCAAUAUGUGGAAAUACAAGAUUUCGACUCUCGUCACAUGGUAGAAAAAGAAGAUGAUCAUUCCGAAAUUCGAGCAAACCGUUUGUUUGCUCUCGUGAAGUCUAGAUUAACCGAGGAACCUAACCACUUACUAGCAUCUCACCAAGUAGACAAUCUCUUGCUAGAUUUUUUCAAACAAGACGGGAAUAAUGAGACAAGUGACGAGGAUAAGUUGGUGAAGAUAGUCGAAGAAUGGGUGAUGAGGAGACGAGAAGAAGAAUAUAUGUUUCUGAGUUGGGAAGUGAGAGAGAAGAGAGAGAUUUAUGUGAAGGAAAUGAAAUGGGAUUGUAUCGAUGGUGAUGAUAGAGAGCAUGUGGUUGAAGAGUUGGGGAAUGGUUUCGUCACUUCCUUGAUUGAUGAACUUAUUCUUGAUAUAUACUAGUUGAUUUGUGAGAGUAAGAUUUUGUCACAUUUUCGUUAUUGUUCAUUACAUUUCUCUAUAUGUAUGUUUAAACUUAUUGCAUAGUUGCCCUUUUUAUAUAUUAAAAAAAAACUUAUUGCAU